CCUCGGACAGGCAUAAGCAGUCGAGCUCCUCACGCUCCUCCGCGGCAAGCAGCAACACAGCGGACACGCGGCGGCCCGCUGGAAGGGUGACUAGACGACGAAAAGACUUGCGGCACCCCAUCACUCACCAAACGAACGAUCCGACGGCAGUGAGCGAGCGAUUGCAAACCUCGAGGCAACCCCCCCGCGAUGGCCAUCUUCGGCUACUCGCUCGUCCGUGCUCACGACGGCUCCAGCGUAGGCCUUCCGAGCCCAUCGACGGCCACCGAUGGCGCCAAGCGGCUCUUUGUCGGUCGGGCGCGGACAAGAUGGGCCAUCAUUGGCAUGAUCAGCUUCUGCUUCAUCCUCCUCUUUGGCGCCUGGGGAAACUCGGACGACGACUUUGAGGCCACUGGUCUCCUCUCGGCCGCACAGAAGGUGGGGCAGUACACGGGCAGGCUCAAUCCGACCAAGUGGCACAACAAGGGCGUCCUCUACGGCGACAUUGGUCUGCCAUCCUUUUCCAACGGCGGGCGGAGGCCGCAGGGCGAUGACCUCUGGGUCAAGGGAAGCGGCAGGAAGCACCUCUCCUACCAUACGCCCUUCAACCCAGACGAUCUGACGAUGACCGAGGACGAGUGCGACGCCUUCUUUCCCGGUCUGUACAAGGAGAUUGAUCGGAGCGUCGAGUUCUUUACCACCAAGCAGGAAUACAACAAGGAGUACCUCGAGUACAGCUGCGACGAUGGCAUCUGGACUCAUGCCCGUGUGGUUAUCUACAACAACCGCCUCUACCUCAAGUACUACCAGCAGUCCGACUUUACCCGCUCCCAGGCCGCGCUGGCCCUCCUUCACAUGGCCGUCGUCACGUCGAGAGAGAAGCUGCCCAACGUCGAGUUCUGCAUCGGCAUGAUGGACUGGGGGUCUCGGGGCAAGUUUGGCCUCGACCGGGCGCCGGACCUGGAGGACGUGUGGAUGAUGCCCGACUACGGCUGGUUUUCUUGGCCAGAGCACGUCGGCUCGUACCAAGAGCUGCGAGCGAAUACGGCACGGGUGGAGAAGGAGAUUGGGUGGGAGGGCAAGGUCAACAAGCUCUUCUGGCGCGGCUCGAUGAAGGUCGGCACCGCCGAUCGCGAGUCGAUGUUCAAGAUUGCAGACGGACACGACUGGAACGACGUCAAGGCCAUCGACUGGGGUGCACCGGACCGCCAGCCCGUGCCGAUGGAAGACCACUGCCGGUGGAAGUUUCACGGAUUCCCCGAGGGCAACACCUACAGUGGCCGGCUGCGCUACCUGCAAAACUGCAGGGUCGUCAUUGUCACGCACGAGCCACGGUGGCUGCAGCACUGGACCCACCUGUACAAUGCCGACUGGGACAGCCCGGACCAGAACAUCGUCUUUAUCCCCCCACCAGAGGGCGAGGGCGAGGGCGUGCUCGUGCACGACGGCGAUGGCCGAGAGUUCCGCGACCGGACCUGGGAGCGGCUGCCAGAGGUCAUGGACCGGCUCCUGGCAAACGACACGCUGGCGAGAAAGAUUGCAGACAACCAGUGGAACUUUUUCCGCGAGCGCUACAUCACGCCCGCCAGCGCCAUGUGCUACUGGCGCAAGGCCCUCUGGGGCUUUUCAAAAGUGCAACGGUAUACAGUCGAUCUCUCGGGCUCCGAGACGAGCUACGAGUCGUUUGUGCUCAAGGGCAUGAAGGGCGCAGAUCCCUUCAACCAUUGAUUCUGCCAUUACACGCCUGUCUCUGUUGUACAUUUUCUGACUUGCGCAUCUUGUCUAAAAGAGUAAAGCGAGCCUUUGUCUUUUCCUGUUAGUCGUCGGGCCGGAAGACGACGAGGCCCCGAAGGUCAUCGUGAAUGGCUCGCAUGUCUCGGAUCACGCGCUCGGCCAGCGUCGAUGCGUCGAGCUCGCCCGGCUCUUGCUGAGGCCUUGCCUUGCUGUUGUUGUUGUUGUUGGAAAGAGGCAAGGGCGUGCUUGAAAUGGCCUGGAGGAUGUGGGUGCUCGAAG